AUGCUGGGUACUAUACUACCGAACCGAUCACUCGGUGAGCAGACACCGACUGAGUUUACCGUCUUUUUACCACCCCACGCCAUUUUCUUCGUAGCAGCGGGGUUGCUACUCUACUUUCUCUACAGACAAGCUCUUCCCAAGCCAAUCCCUGGCAUUCCUUACAACGAGGCCGCAACAAAAAGCAUACUUGGUGAUGUCGCUUCACUGCAAGAGGGUAUAGCCCGAACGGGCACUUUCCAGAUAUGGCUUCACGAACAAGCGGCUAAACACAACUCGCCCCUUUUCCAAAUCUUCAUCCGCCCUUUUGGGAACCCUAUGCUCAUCCUCUCAGAUUUCAGAGAGGCUCAGGAUGUGCUUUUGCGACGAAGCAAGGAGUUUGACAGAGCAAGUAUCGUGGGCGACAUGAUCUCAGGAGUUGUGCCCAAUCACCACAUCAUCAUGAAGACGAAUAGCGAGUGGAAACAUCACCGCAGACUCCUGCAAGAUCUCAUGUCGCCUCAAUUCCUGAACGAGAACGCCGCGCCCAUCAUCUACUCCGGCAUUUUGCAGCUCAUCCAACUCUGGAACGACAAGACUCGCAUUGCAGAGGGUCGCCCCUUUUUGGCCGACUCGGACAUCUACUACUCAGUUCUUGAUGCAACCACGGCCUUCUCUUUUGGUGCGAAUGCCAGAAGUGCGAUCCGCCCUACUAUGGAGCUUGUGAAAAGCUUGGGUGCUGAUGACAUUCGCCGACGCCGAGGACUAACGCCUGCUGGCGGUGAGCAGCCUAUGAGCUUUCCCACUGCUGAAAUCGACGAGAACCUCAAGGCAUCGCUUGAUGUGGCGGAUGCGAUCGAGCAGCUCCAAGGAUCACCCGUUCCUAGAAUUAAGUGGAAAUUCGUUGAGAGGCAACCCGCUGUUCGCCGAGCCGUCGAAAUCAAGAAUACUUUCCUCCGCGAGGAGAUUAGCAAGGCCCUUGACAGAACCCAGAAAUCCACGGCUUCAAAGGGGCUCUCUUCUGCCGUUGAACUCAUGGUCUUGAGGGAAAAGAAGCUCGCCGAAAAUGAUGGGAGGAAACCAGAUUUCUUCUCCUCUACGAUGAUGGACGAGAUCUACGGACUCAUAAUCGCAGGACAUGACACUACCAGCUCCACCUUAGGCUGGGGCGUCAAGCUCCUGGGAGAUAACACAGACUCCCAGUCCAAGCUCCGCGAAGUCCUCAAAUCCGCCUUUGCCGGCGCUGUUGCCGAGAAUCGGAACCCGACAAUCAAGGAGAUCAUCGGAACCAAGAUCCCAUAUCUGGAUGCAGUCGUAGAGGAGAUCGUUCGACAUGGAAGUGCCGCCGUUCUUCUUGAUCGCGAGGCUGUCUGCGACACAGAGCUCUUCGGAUACCGCAUCCCAAAGGGCACCGUCAUCCUCUCGCCCGCGCGCGGACAGAGCAUCCUGAAGCCCUCCAUCCCGGUCGACGAGUCGAGACGCAGCAAGAGCAGCCAGAAUGCGAAAGCCAGAGCCUGGGACGAUGCAGACAUCACGCAGUUCAAACCGGAGCGCUGGCUGGUCGAUCCCAACGAUGCUUCGCCCGAAUUUGACCAGCAGGCCGGACCACAGCUUGCGUUUGGCUUCGGCACCCGAGGCUGCUAUGGACGACGUCUGGCAUACCUAGAAAUGCGCAUCAUUGUCACAAUGAUUGUAUGGAACUUCCAGCUGCUGCCAUGCCCUAAGGAGCUGUCUAGCUACGCUCCCAAAGAAGGCUUCACAUAUAAGCCAAAGGACUGCUAUGUGCGCUUGCAGGCUCUUCAUUGA